AAAACGGGCUACUACAAUCCAAACAACUCAUAUUCUAUAUCAGUAGAGAUACAUUUUAACAACAUUUUGCUUCUAAUUUACCAUAUUUCAGUACAUAUAUAGAGAUGGCAAAAGAUGCCUGUAGUAGUGCUUAUCACACUUGUGACAGUGGAAAUGGUUAUUCUCAAGCAGGAUCCUGCGGCGGUAAGAAGCUUAAGUUGUUUGGUUUUGAGCUUAGCCCUAGUAAGAACAGUGGCAACUUCCUCAAAGGUUGCGUUGAGGGCGACGAAAGCAUAAAUUCAUCGAGCAGGGCAGCCGGAGUAGACGACGGAGACAGUACCGAUGAGAAGAAAUUCGAGUGCCGAUAUUGUUUCAAGGAAUUCACGAACUCGCAGGCGCUGGGAGGUCAUCAAAAUGCUCACAAGAAAGAGAGGAUGAAGAAGAAAAGGUUGCAGCUUCAAGCCAAAAGAGCAGCCAGCAUCAACUCUUAUCUUCAGCCUUUGCAUGACAGCUGCUAUCCUCAUCACUUCACUUUAUACCAAGAGCCUCCUCAAAUUAGUUUCGACCAAUACCAACAAGAAGCACGUCUUGGUGCAUCACAAAUCAUCCAUUUCCAACAAGAUUCCUCCAUCUUCACCAUAACACCAGCUGACAGCACCAAGCCAUCAAAGCACUGGUGUAAAUCCUUGGAUCUUCAGUUGGGCCUCAGCUUGCAGUCCACAAUACAUAGUUCCUCUGGAACUGGCAUAUAACUAGCGCAUUUCAAUGAAUCAGAGUAAAGGUAUACAGUGCCAUGUUUUCUCCAAUUUUAUGAAUUCUUUCUACCUUUUGAACAAGAAAAGAAAAAGGAAACCCAAAUUCCAUAUUUGAGAAAGCAUCUCAAUUUUAUGACGACAAACGUCAUACAUACACAUGCUGUAUUGAUACUUUUCACAUGUAGCUAAACAUAGAGCUAUCUGCAGUUUUAAAUUUUGGUCACAAAUUACAUCGCAGAGUGUUGCGAAAGUUAUGUAAAGUUAUAUAUAAUCUUUUAAAGAUAGAAUUCUUUUUUUUAAAAAUAAUUUUAAAAAUUUUUAUUUUAA